AAUUGUUUCACUCUUUUAAACUAGGAUGAUUAACUCUUGGAUUAUAAAUGGGGCUCUACCGCUAAAUCUUUAAUUAUUUCUCGUACAAAUGUCGAACUAGUUAAUUCUAUGUAGGCAAAACUAGUUAAAAUACAAUGGGGAUUGUAGUGUUUGUAAUUACUAGAAGUAAAAUUAGCUGUUAGAGUUAUUUUAACUUAUUUCUUGUCCUAGUUUAAGUUAAAACUUUGCCCGAUAGUAUUUUUAUGAGGUGCGAUUGAUUUCUUUUAAGGGUUUAACUCAUUUUCCAUGGACAGCAAAUAUCCAAUCUGCCACAGAGACUGGAAUAGAUUCCCAAUUUACUUAUCUGUUUGAAAUUGGUGCAUGGAUAAUGCUUUCUUGGAACCAGCCAUUUUAAUGAAAAUACCAGGGAACAUAUCAGUAGAUUUUCAGGAGACCAUGGGAUCUCUGACAACACCUACAAAGGGAAAGAACAAUCCUGUUACUGAACCCUGGACCCCGACAUCCAACCUCAAAAUGCUCAUCAGUGCUGCCAGUCCAGAGAUCAGGAACAGAGAGAAGGAGCUAAGUCUGGAUAACAGUGUAAUCACAGAGCACAUUGAUGCUUCUCAGGAGCCCCCAUUUGAUGAAUCAGACAAACUUCAAAUAAGUCGGAAAGAAAAGAGCCUGGGUUUACUUUGCCAUAAAUUCCUUGCACGUUACCCAGACUACCCUAACCCUGCUUUGAACAAUGACAUCUGUCUUGAUGAUGUAGCGUUAGAACUCAAUGUGGAAAGACGGCGCAUCUAUGAUAUCAUGAACGUCCUGGAGAGCUUGCACAUGGUCGGCAGGCUCGCUAAGAACCGCUAUUUGUGGCAUGGCAGAGUCAACCUUCCACAGACCCUGGCCACACUCAGGAAAGUAGGAGAAGAGUACAAAUAUGGCGAGCAGAUGGAGCAGAUUAAGCAGAGAAGCUAUGAAAGAGAGUUUGACUUUGACGGUGACGAGAAAGAGAAUGAGGACAUGAGCAAACCUGGGGACGCAGAGAGUGAACUUGGGCAAAAGGAAAUGUACUUUGUGGAGCUUCCAGGUGUGGAAUUCCGAGCAGCUUCAGUUAAUAGCCGGAAGGACAAGUCUUUGAGGGUGAUGAGCCAGAAGUUUGUUAUGCUGUUUCUUGUCUCCACACCACGGAUAGUGAGCCUUGAGAUUGCGGCAAAAAUUCUCAUUGGAGAAGACCAAGUCAUUGACCUAGACAAGAGCAAAUUUAAGACAAAGAUCCGUAGAUUGUAUGAUAUUGCAAACGUGCUGAGCAGCCUGGAGCUCAUUAAGAAAGUUCAUGUUACAGAGGAUAGAGGAAGGAAACCGGCUUUCAAGUGGACAGGCCCAGAGGACUUUGCAAGCAGUACUGAUGCUGAUGCUUCAUUGACUACACCAUCCACUGCAACAGGGACUUUGGAGUCAAGGUGUUCUGCACAGAACUGUGCUAAAAAUCUCUUCCCCUCCAACACAGUAAAGCACAGUUUUACUCGUCACCCUUCUUUGAUUAAGUUGGCAAAAAGUAUACAAGAUGACCGCAGGAAGAUCAACUCUGCACCUUCCAGCCCUGCUAAAAUAACUGAAUUUGUCCCAAGUAAAAUGGCUCAACUGGCAGCCAUCUGUAAAAUACAACUGGAUGAACAGUCAAAAAAAAGCAAAAUAAACGCCAAAGUGACUCCCGCAGUAAAUAAUCUAGAGCAAGCAGAAAUUGGUAGGAAAAUCAAUGAACCAGCAUUAAAUAUUGAACAAAAUACCAACCGUAAUCCUGAAAUACAGCUGCCCACUACAACAGCAGGAACAAUUCCAUUUCCCCCCUCGCAGCAGCCUGCUCUUAUCCAUGUCCUUCUACCCCAGCACCAAAUAAGCAGGCCCUAUACCCUAUACGUUCAUCCUUCAGUCAGGCCACACCCAUCUAGCCUAGCUGUGCGUUCAAUGACAUUUGAGGACAAGACUGGAGGGAGUUCAGGAACAGCCAGAGAGGAAAGCACAUCACCAGGGAAGUCUGCUACAAAAGACAUAAGUCUCUCUCAGAUGCAGGAACACAGUCUGCUGCAGCAUAAUUCUGCCUCCUCCCCCUCAAGUCCUGCCUCAAUGAAAAGAGUCUCCUGUGAGCAGAUCUGUGAGAAGAGCCCAUCUAAAGUCAUGAAGAUGCCAAACAGUUCUAGGUCGCCCUCACCCUAUGGGCCAGAGCUGGGUGACAUUAUACAGGCACGCCUGAAGGCACGCAGGAGCCUGGUGUCAAACAGACCCUCUCCCCGGGCUCUUCACCUCGAUCCAGAAUUCAUAAAUACGCCUGAGAACACAGCAGCAGAGAAGCUGGACCAGAGUGUGGAGAGAUUCCUGGAAAAGGAAGAGAAGCUCUCCCCCUCCAUGAGUGAGGGAGGUCUCACCCCUCUCCGAGCUGUACCCUUGCAAGAAGUCCUUCUCUCCUCUGGACAUUUACCUGCUGAGGCUCUUAUCCCAACUGGGUAUCUCAUCCCCAUCUCCCAGCAGUCACUCACUAACCUCCAAGACUCUCGGAUGCCUGGUGCUGAGAGUGUAAAUGCUGCAGCCUCCAAUCACACUGUGUUCCACACACCUACAGCAGGGUCCUUGCCAGCUGGUGCCCAGGAGUUUACCCCCAACAACUUCUCCCUCAAACUGGCUUCAUCUGCUGUGCCAGUCUCUCCCUUCCCAGUGCUCAGUCAGUCGGGCCCUUCUCCAGUGCCUAGCCAGAGACUUCACAGCCCCAGCCCUGCCAUCCUUAAUUUCACUCUGCAAAACAUGGGCCUCAUCCCCAGUGGCGUCCCAGGCACGGCUUCUGCCUCCAUGCCGUCUGAGCAAGUGAAUGCCAGCCCUUCUCAGCUUGGUUUCCAGCAGAGAGGCAUGAUCUUUGUGAAGCCCAUGUCACCUGUGCCCCUCCAGCAGCAGACCGGACAGCCCCUCACCCUGUUCAAUUUACAGCAGCCUCUGAUAGCAACUCCCAAGGGACCCCAGCCCAUCCACCACAGCUUUUUCCAUACCCCAGUAUCUACCCUCUCCCCUCUUGCCACAGUGGUGACCUCCUCGAGCAACACAAGCUCCAGGAAUGUUUACAUCCCACAGCGGAAACUUGACAUAGCCACUGAGGACAACUGUAGAAGUGGCCCAGAGAACCUUAUGCUGCUAAAUGACUUUUGCUGAUGAGUCACUGUGCGUUAAGAGCUGUGUCCCUGUACAGUUUGACCAGUAUAUUGUCUGUGCUGUAAUUUUUCCAUUGAAAGGUCCCAGACAUCUACCAUUUGGACAUCAACACAUUGCAGGACAGCUUAAACGAGAUUAGAGUUUCAUAUAAUGACCCUUGGUUCCAAAUAUAUAUCAAUCAGUUAUGAGUAAGGUGCCAAAAAUAAAAGGCUUUGUGAAAUGACA